UAGUGAGUGGUGGCUACGGCGAUAACAGUGUCUUUAGAGAUAGUCCUUCACCGGUGCGACGUUUUCUGCGCUGCCCUCCUGGCAUGGGAAUAUGAAGUUUUGAACAUGGAAGAAGAGAGGGGGUGAAAAUUACACUUUUCCUGAUAAAUCCCUAAAAUUUGGCGGUACUGUUGUUUUAUUCUCCGUAGUUAUAAACUUAUAGUUCAUUUUCAGCACUAUAUUCCAGAUUAGUUUUAAGCCCUGAAUUGAGCGAGAAAGAAAAAAAAGUCCCGCCCUUUCUCUCGCGUUUUACGCAGGUUUCUGAGUUGGCGCGCCAUUUUUCCGUCUAGAUCGGCUUCAGUUUACCUUUACCACAAAAUUCGCCCAAUAAAACCACAACCGACUCGCUUCUCAAUUUCUCAUCAACACAACCGCCACCUCUCACGCCGCCCACGGCCUACCGCCGGCCAUGGAAGAGGUGACCGCUCCAGUCGCCAAGAAACGGAGACACGACGAACCGGAUUGCCAAGAACGAUCGGAGGGAGGCGAUGCUGAUGCGGGGGGCAUCGACCUGAUCAGCGUCCUCCCCGACGAGAUCCUCGGCAGCAUCAUCUCCCUCCUCCCCACCAAGGACGCCGCGCGGACCACCGUGCUCUCCCCGCGGUGGCGCCACCUCUGGUGCUCGGCGCCACUCAACCUCGACGCCGACGGCGGCCUCUCCGGGCAGGAGCGCAAGCGCAUCUCCAUCGUCUCCAGGAUCCUCGAGGCGCACCGCGGCCCGGCCCGCCGCCUCUCCCUCCGCAGCGUCGGCCUCCGCGGCAUCUACGCCAGGUUCGACCGCUGGUUCUGCUCCGCCGCGCUCAACAACCUCGAGCACCUCGACUUCGCCUACGCCAGCGACGGCCGCUACUACGGCAUCGGCGUCAACCCGGACCCCAGGCCGCCGCGCCCGCUGCCGCCGUCCGCGCUCCGCUUCGCGCCGACGCUCCGCACGGCCUACAUCGGCGGCUGUGACUUCCCCGCCGUCGCCCCCGCCGCCGCGCCAUGUUUCCCGCGGCUGACGCGGCUCACCCUCUACGGCGUCGCCAUCUCGGAGGACGCCCUCCACCGCGUGCUCGCCGGCUGCGCCGUGCUCGAGACCCUGGGUCUCGAGGCCAGCAGCGGCUUCGGCGCCGUCCGGAUCAACUCGCCGACGCUCCGGAGCGUCGGCUUCGCCGUCUCCGCCGAGACGGAGCUCGUGAUCGAGGAUGCACCAUGCCUCGAGAGAUUGAUGUUGCUCGAUCCGCACAGUGGCCCAAAGAAUGUCAGGGUGGUCAGGGCGCCUCAACUGAAGGUAUUGGGCUACCUGUCCGACAAAAUCACCAAACUUGAUCUUGGAACUGUAAUUAUUCAGGAAACGAUGGUCGUCAGUUCGACAGCCUCGCUGCGCACAGUGAAGGUUUUGGUUCUUGAGUCUGCUGGACCAAAUCUGGACACAAUUGGCUUCCUUAAAUGUUUUCCAUGCUUGGAGAAGCUGUACAUCAUGUCAUUUUUGCAGAAGACUAUGAAAAACACAAGACGUUACAACCCACUGGAACCUAUUGAAUGCCUUGAUCACCAUCUCAGAUAUAUAAUACUGAACAAUUAUCUAGGAAUGAGACCAGACGUGAACUUUGCCAAGUUCUUUGUUUUGAACGCAAGAAUGCUCAAGGCAAUGAAAUUCGGUGUCCUUGUCGGUUGCACAGAGAAAUGGAUGGCCAAUCAACAUAGGCGGCUACAACUUGAUCAUAAGGCUUCUCCAGAUGCUCAAUUUGAUUUUAGAAGAGAUUAUUGUUGGCGAAACAUUUUAUAUAACAAGCGCAUCCACGAUCUGGCCAGAGAUGACCCUUUUGAUGGUUCGAUAUGUUGA